CUCGCGCUCCGAGAACGCGCCUUCAUCUUGACUCCUUACCUCGACGACCACUCGCCCUUCCGUGCGCUGCGAAAAUGCUCGUCGAGCUGAACAAACCCAUUUUUCAAGCUCGCCUACAGAAGAUAUACGAUGGAUGGAAUAACGCGAGCCCUACUAAUGACUACGCUACUGUGGCAGAAUGCGAUGCUCUGAUACUGAUUGCUGGAGAUCCAGCAGCUGAUGAUGAGCCCAUGAGGAAGGGCACUUGCUUCCAGCAAUGGCUACUUGGUUACGAAUUCCCCUCAACGUUUAUUCUAUUUGAGAAGGACAAGCUCUCAAUAUUAUGUUCGGCGUCAAAAGCAAAAUUCCUGGCGCAAAUUCAGGAUCCGAAUGCUGCCAUCCCCGUCAAAAUAUUUGCUCAAGCGAAAGCGAAGGAGCCUGCUAAUGAUGCACUUCCCAAGUUUGCCGAGCUAUACCUCAGCCAUAAAAAAGUCGGCACCCUAGUGAAGGAGAAGCACACCGGAAAAAUUGUGACAGAAUGGGGGAAGCAGAUCGCUGAGGCCUCAGAGAAGCCGGAGCUCGUCGACAUGUCCCACUCCAUAUCCUCCUUUAUGACCAUCAAAGAUGAAGAAGAACUUAAAGCCACUAAGGUUGCCGCGGGUCUAACGUCUACCCUCCUCAAGCACUAUGUCGCGCCCAGAUUGGAGACUAUCUUGGACCGGGAAACGAAAAUCAGUCAUGAUCAGUUCGCAGCUCAGAUUGAGGCGCGCUUGGGGUCAGGGGAGGGUGAGAAGGCCAAAGGCCCAGAUAUGAAUGUAUGGGGCCAUUACAAGGGCAAGAAGCUUCCAGAAGCGGAUUGGCAAGUCACUGAAUUUUGUUAUUCACCCAUCAUUAUAUCUCGGUCGAGCAAAAGCGGUUAUGACCUUCGGUACACCGAGGAGUCUUCGGAGGACAACAUUUCCCACAAAGGAGUACUCCUUGUGGCAUUCGGGAUGCGGUUCAAGACCUACGGCGCCAAUGUCGCUCGGACAUUUAUCGUGGAUCCGACAUCCAGCCAAGAGGCCCAAUACAACCUCCUGCUAUCGUUGCAGACCGAAAUGCUGUCAUUCAUUAAGGAAGGGGUUACGGCACGGGAUGCCUAUCAACACGCUCUAUCGUUUGUUGCGGAGAAGGACCCUGCAUUCGAAAAACAUUUCGUCAAGAACAUCGGCUUUGGAACUGGCGUGGAAUUCCGCGAUGCUGCAUAUCUACUCUCUGCCAAGAAUACCCGUACCCUACAUACCAAUAUGGUGAUUAUCUUGGGUUUGGGAUUUAAUGAUCUAACAGAUAGUAAUGGCGUAAAGUAUGCCCUCCAUCUCGCUGACACCAUCCAGGUCGGAGCAGACAAGUCGACCAUUCUCACUGAAGGCGUCAAAUCCCCCAAAGACACACUUUUUUUCUUGAAUGGUGAUAGUGCGGACGAAAGGCCCCAGAAAAAGGAUCGAAAGCCGCCUGUGCAACCAAGGGCCAACGGAACUCCUGCCAAGGUCAAGACAGUCGGCGGGAAAGUUUUGCGUAAUCAGACGCGUCGUACUCAGGAUGAGGUCCAUCAAACGGCGGCUGCAAAGCUAGCAGAGCAUCAACGUGAACUCCACGAGAAGAUCCAUCAGGAGGGACUGGCUAAGUAUUCUGAGGAGGGUGGUGCUACGAGUGGAAAGGAGGGUAAAGGGUGGAAGAAGUUCCAGAGUUAUAAGGGCGAGGCAGCCCUUCCUGCUGAAGUUGACAAAUUGCGCAUUUUCGUCGACCGGAAAGCACAGACAGUCAUUCUCCCUAUCCAUGGCUUUGCUGUUCCAUUCCAUAUCAACGCUAUUAAAAAUGCAAGCAAAAACGACGAGGGGGAGUUCACCCAUCUCCGAAUCAACUUCCAGACGCCUGGCCAACUCGCCGGCAAGAAGGAGGACACGCCCUUCCAAGACCCUGAUGCGACAUUUGUUCGCUCGAUAUCGUAUCGCUCCACCGACGCACAUCGCUUUGACAAUGUCUAUAAACAAAUUACUGAUCUGAAGAAGGAGGCUAACAAGCGGGAGCAGCAAAAGAAAGAGAUGGCUGAUGUCAUCGAGCAGGAUAAACUGAUUGAGUUGAAGGGUCGACGACCUAUAAAACUGACUGAGGCGUUCAUUCGUCCGCCGCUUGAUGGGAAACGGUUACCGGGAGAAGUUGAAAUUCACCAGAACGGUAUACGCUAUCAAUCACCUAUCGGAUCCCAGAAAGUCGAUAUUCUCUUCAGUAACAUCAAGCACUUAUUCUUCCAACCAUGCGAUCAUGAAUUGUUGGUUAUCGUGCACGUACACCUCAAGGCUCCCAUCAUGAUAGGGAAGAAAAAGGCGCUGGACGUUCAAUUCUACCGUGAAGCCACCGAUGUCCAGUUUGACGAAACUGGUAACCGGAAGCGGAAGCACAGAUAUGGUGAUGAAGAUGAAAUUGAGAUGGAGCAACAAGAAAGGAGAAGGCGACAGUUACUCAACAAAGAGAUCAAGGCAUUUGCGGAGAAAGUUGCCGAAGCUGGGUCAACAGCGCUUGGAGAUACAUUGGAACUCGACAUCCCCUUCCGAGAACUGUCCUUUGAAGGUGUACCAUUCCGAACUGGAGUGCGGCUUCAGCCCACAACAGAAUGUCUCGUGCAUCUGACUGACCCGCCAUUCCUCGUCGUGACCUUGGCUGAGAUCGAGGUCACAUCGCUAGAGCGUGUCCAAUACAGCUUAAAGCAAUUCGAUCUGGUGUUGAUCUUCAAGGACUUCAACAAGGCACCUUUGCAUAUCAAUUCAAUACCGAGCUCACAGAUGGACGACGUCAAGAACUGGUUGGACUCUGUCGAUGUCCCUAUGGCCGAAGGUCCUGUCAACUUGAACUGGGGACCCAUCAUGAAGCAUAUCAACGAGAAUCCUUACGAGUUUUUCCACAAUGGUGGAUGGAGUUUCUUGGGAGCGUCGAACGGUGCCGAGAGCGAUGGGUCAGAAAUGUCUGAUUCAGAGUCUGAUUUUGAGGCGGAAGCCCAAGAAUCGGAGUCUAGCAGCAGUGACGCCGAGAGCGACUACUCCGAUGCUAGCGGAAGUGAGAGCGGAUCAGACUUUGGUGAGGGGUCCGAUGAUGACGAGGGUGAUGAUUGGGAUGAGCUUGAGAGGAAAGCCGCGAAAUCUGAUCUGAAGCGAGCUGAGGCCAAACAAGCGAAUGGUAAUGAUUCGGAUUCUGAUCGACCUAAGAAGUCCAAAUCGAAUGGCAAGUCGAGCGGCAAGUCUAAGGAGAAUGGAAAGAAAGCGAAUGGGAAGGGAAAACGAUGAACCUUGUGACGAUUACUUCUUGUUCCUCUUGACAUCCUUGUUUUCAUUGGCUUAUCUAUCCAUGUAUCUAUAAUCAUGCUGUGUCGUCUUCAAGUUUUCCCCCCGGUCGACAUUGGAUGAGGCUUUCAAGGGUUGAUUUGAUUCCUUUAGGCAACUUGAUCCCGUAACUUAAAUAUUGAUCGCAACUUUCAAUCCAGUUGUAUCGUUUUCGCGUCAUAAGUGACUUUGAGCUAAAUUGGCUU